UUAAUUUCACCGUAACUUGAUUUCAACCAUGGUAAACCGUUGCUGUAUUGUGGGCUGUAACAGCGCAUCACAUGAUCGCCGAGGGAAAAACCUACAAAAUGGGAUAACUUUCCACCGCUGUCCUGCCUUGAGGCGCAAACACGGAGACCAAGUUUCACAGAUAACAAAGAGUCGUCGGCUAGCUUGGAUCGCGGCUGUAAGACGAGAGAACAGAACUUUCCACAGUAUCCUGAUGUCAAUGCGAGUGUGUUCCCUGCAUUUUCAUUCUGGAAAACCAGCAAAUGAAAUGUACACCUCGCAUCCGGAUUGGGCACCAUCACUACACUUGGGCCACACUGAGAUAAAGGCCACACAGACUGCACGCUAUGAGAGACAGGAAAAGAGAAAACGGCAAAGGACUGACAGUACACCUGCGAGGAUGAGACAGCUAUUGAUGACCUUGUUCCACCCGUGGAGACACCAGCACCAGCUGAGGAUGGAGCUGAGCAGACACCGCCGGCGUGCUGAAAUCAACCGGCUGCUGGAGGAGAACAGGACCCUGAAACGUGAGCUUGGCCAGAGAAAAAUGGAUGAAGAUUUCCUGAAGGAAGACACAGUCAAAGCCAGGCAUGGGAAUGUUGUCAUCGAUGACUCUGUCCAGAGCAAUCCUCUGCACUUUGGAUGA